AUGGAAGGCGGAAAGCUGGGCAACUGGAAGGUUCUUCGUCACGUCCCUGGUGUUGACAAAGUGAAGGUAGCACAGCUUGCCCUUACUGUCCCUGUUGGAGACCAGCCGGGACCCCUCCCAAAGGCAACCCCCGGACGACGCCGCAACAACCGCCAUUCCGGCAACGCUAUCGCUCGCAGAACAUAUGCUUCGGAAAACGACAUGCCGUCUGAAGGCUCCUAUCCGAUUAACUUUGGCCCUCCCGCCCCGUUUACGCCGCACAAGUCGGGCACCAAGUCGGGGACAAACAGCCCGGCCCCGGAACCGCAGGCAAACGGCUCUAGGCCCAAACCCCGUUCAGCCAAGUCCUCGAGGUCCAACAAGCAGGUGUCCUCAACAUCCCCGGCGUCGACACCGGGCCCAUCCAAGAACUACCGGACCAGUCCUCCGCAGACAGCGGCUCUGCCCAAGUCGGUCUUCCCCCCUGCGUUUGCCGGUGGUUCCUUCCACGCCUCCCCGGCUCCGUCCGCGCUCCCAAUUCCUAGCUUUCUAGCCAAGUCGAUGGACUCCCCCAGCGUUAAGGAUACCGGCCGAGCCAACUCGGAGCCUUCACCUCCAGCCACCGACUCGGAAGCACCCACGCCUCGAACCCGUUUCCCCGUCAGUGACAUUUCCCGAGAGGAAUCUCCACUUGACUUCUUCUUCCGCGCCGACCGUGCCGAGAAGGAGAGAGCUCGGAGCGGAAGUUCGGCCAACGUGUACGCCCAUAGCCCGAGCUUGUUCUCGCCCCAAGGACAAGGCCCCUCACCUCAGGAACCCCGGACUCUCCCCACUGGCACGAACCUACAUGGAGCCCGGUUACAUCACUCUGAGCCAGCCCAGCCGAAUUACUCGAUGGGCUUCUCUACCAAUGAGCUAGGCGGAAACCCAGGCCGCUCUAUGGGGCCAGCUUUCUCGAGACCCUAUCAUGAACGCAUUCGUGAUGCAAGGUCGAGCGAAGGGCAACCUGGCGUUGCCUCGAAUGUUCCUCGGCAACAUCAGCAACAACAGCAGCAGGAACCUAAUAUGGACCCUAGUGAGAAGCUCAAGAGAUUCCUUGCAAUCCCAGCGGUCCGAGAUAGUCAACCGGCAAAUCAACCACCGAGUCAUCCGGCGAGCCAGCACACGUUCCCAGGCCACCUUCGUGGCGGUGAGUUGCAUGGCACGCAACCACCACCGCCCGCUUCAUUUCCUCAACCCGUCGAUCAACAUCGGUCGGCAGAUAUUCAACACAUGGAGGAUAGCCUUCGUCGGAUCUUGAAGCUUGAUGCUCCGGUCAAUCUAAGGGCAUCCGCAACCAACUAUCAAAGCUCCUAA